GGAGUUUAGUUCUUCUCACCAUCAUCUUUCUUCCACUUGAAAGCUCAAUUUUGUUUUCCCACAACCACAAGAGCCACAGAGCAGCAAGCAAACUUCCUUUUGGGAUUUGGAUUUCCUCCUCCUUUCCCACAAACAAAUGGUACCAACAAAGUGUAGCCACAGAUUCUUCAAGUUUCGUACCCGAUCAAAUUACUCUCAACUUUGAAUUUCCCAAAUUGUCCCUGCCUCCACCCCACCAAUUUAUUAUUCCUUCCAAAAUAUUUUCUCUCUUUCAAUUCUUUGCCUCUGAAAUUUCAACAUAUAUUUUAAAAGAAGCCAAACCAAAUGGUUGCUAACAAGUACGAGGGGGUGUCAUGCGCUGUGGUUGUGGGAAUGGGUUGGAUUAUGCUGAGGAUUGACUACUCAAGGCUCUUCUGGCUCUUGUUUGGUGUCUUCUUCUACGAAAACCACGAGGGAAAGCCUCGGAUUUGAUUUUCAAGUUUCCAACUUUCACUUAUUUUUCCCACCUUUGAUUAUAUUUCUAGCUACCCUUUAGUUUUCUUCCCAACAAUCUUCUUCUUUGCACCAUCACUUUCUGCUUUGCUCAUCAUAGUUCUUAAGCAACACGACGCAAAAAAAGAAAAAAAGAAAAAGAAAAAAAAAAGGGGUUGAUCUUGAAGUCUUUUGGGCCUUCAUUACUUGAAGCUUGAAAGCCUCACUCAAACAUGUCCAAGACUGACAGGGCUGGUUAUGUUGAAACCGAUCCUACUGCUCGCUAUGGCCGGGUAUUAGACUCUGUCCUGGGUAGGAUUUGAGUAUCAGAUGUUGGAGUUUAAUCCAAUGGAUUUCUUGCUCACACCAUGAGUAGCUGAUCAAAAUUCUGUUCAUUUUGAAGAAGUUCUUGGCAAAGGAGCAAUGAAAACAGUGUACAAGGCAAUUGAUGAGCUUCUUGGGAUGGAAGUGGCAUGGAAUCAGGUGAAACUCAAUGAAGUCCUUCGCUCACCAGAGGAUUUGCAACGGCUCUACUCAGAGGUUCACCUCCUCAGCACCCUCAAUCACGAUUCCAUAAUUCGGUUCUAUACCUCCUGGAUCGAUGUUGAUCACAAAACUUUUAACUUCAUUACUGAAAUGUUCACUUCGGGGACGCUAAGAGAGUAUAGGAAGAAAUAUAAGCAUGUAGACAUCCGAGCCAUCAAGAACUGGGCCCGUCAGAUCCUUCGCGGUCUUGUAUAUCUGCAUGGCAAUGAUCCUCCAGUAAUUCAUAGAGAUCUUAAGUGUGACAACAUCUUUGUCAAUGGGCAUCUUGGGCAAGUCAAAAUUGGUGAUUUAGGGCUUGCAGCAAUCCUCCGUGGUUCCCAAUCUGCUCACAGUGUUAUAGGCACCCCAGAGUUCAUGGCACCAGAACUAUAUGACGAAAAUUACAAUGAACUAGUUGAUGUCUACUCAUUCGGUAUGUGUGUCUUGGAGAUGCUUACAUCUGAAUAUCCAUAUAGUGAGUGUGUCAACCCUGCACAAAUAUACAAGAAAGUUACCUCGGGGAAGCUUCCAGGAGCAUUCUACCGGAUUCAAGACUUGGAAGCACAACGAUUUGUUGGAAAAUGCUUAGUAAAUGCUUCAAAGAGAUUACCGGCAAAAGAACUUUUGCUUGAUCCAUUUCUUGAGCGUGGUAAAGAUGAACCAUUGCCUUUGGGAAAGCUUGGACGUCCAAAGCCAUUUUUAAAUGACAAGGAAAUGGAGAAACUGCAAUUGAGUGAUGAUCAAACCAGGACUGACAUGACAAUCACGGGGAAGUUAAAUCCUGAAGAUGACACCAUCUUUCUCAAAGUUCAGAUUGCUGAUAAAGAUGGUUCUUUUAGGAACAUAUAUUUUCCUUUUGACAUAUUAAAUGAUACACCAUUUGAUGUUGCUACGGAAAUGGUGAAGGAAUUGGAGAUCACUGAUUGGGAGCCAUUUGAAAUUGCGAAUAUGAUUGAAGGGGAGAUAUCUGCCUUGGUACCAAAUUGGAAAACUGAAGCCUACCACACAAUUAAUUAUCAAGAUGAUGAUGAUGGACCUCAACGUCCUUCUCACUCUCACUCCUCCUGUUCAUCAUCCCACACAUCAUUAUCAGGCUUGAUCAGCUCUCAUGGGAUUAACGGAAUGACGAAUGGCUGUGAUUGGCUCCAAGAUGAUUUUCUUGAUGAGACCAGCUCUCAAAGCUCUUCACACUCGGGAACAUAUUCCAACUUAAAUUUCAUUUGUGGGAAUGAGCAUGGGACUAAUACGAUUCCCACAGGAGGAGACAAACAUCCCAUAUCAAAAUGUCACAAGUCCACAAGGUUUUGUCCUGAAGAAAACCGUAAUACUGGGCAGUCUAUGGCUAAAAAAUACUACGAGAGAUGCAAAGCUUUUCUAGCAUCUGGUUCAAAAGAUAAAAGGAUCAUGGAUAGCCGUAGAUUGAUGAGGAAUAAGUCGCUAGUAGACGUAAGAAGUCACCUACUACACCGAUCUUUGGUAGAAGAGGUGAAUAGGAGGCGCUUGUUUAAGACCGUGGGAGCCGUGGAAAAUAUCGGGUUUCAAGCACCUUGUGAGGUUUCAAAAAAAUUGUAAAGAGCCAUUAGGUACUUUCUGUUGUACAAGAAUGAAAAGAAGUGAGAGACCUCAGAAAAUUUACAUUUCUCAACAAUUGUAAGGUCGGUGAGAGGAAUGGGAGUUUCAGUCCCAAUCUGGAGAUGCAAGAAAUGACGACUUACUGGCUUGAUUGCCUCCUGAAAUGGCAGGGGCAGUUUUGAAGCUCAAAAGCAAGGACUGCUUGUACUAAUGGGGCCGAAUGAGGGGGAUCCAUGUCGACCACUACAAGAAUCUGGUGACUUCUAUAUUGUAAAAAUUUCUGUGCAAAUGGUUGUAAUUAUGUCUAAAUAAUAUUUCUCUGUCAGAAUAAAUGGCUAGUUUAUCAAUGUGUUGAUGUCCUUCUCUUUCAGUGCUUGCCAUAAAACAAAAGGACUCACUGCGACCUUUUACAGCUAGCAGGCCCUGCAGUGUCAAUAUAUCUGCCGUUUGCAUUAUGAGAUGAUCAAAAAGUGAGAAUCCAAUGACAUAUGAAUGAGCUUUGUAAUUA